AUGAAGUUGACUCUGCUCCUGGUUUUAUUUGCCACUGCGACUCUCGCACAAGAUCCAACACCCUUUGAUUUUGAUUGGAGGGAAUUGAAAAGUGUUUGGGAGUCGCCUGAACUUCUUCCGACAUUGAAGAAAAUUGACCCAUCGUACGAUGCAACUGUACGAGGCGGCCGAAUUGUUGGUGGCAGAGAUUGGCUAAUGUUCCGUUCAACUCGAUUGACUGACUGA